AUGGAGGUGAAGGACGGGCUCUCUGCCUGGGACAAAUUUAUCCGCAAAGUUACGGAUCUUCUUCUAGAUAAAAGGAGGAGAUCCAGCUCUCACAGACCUAGCUCUCACAGACCCAGCUCUCACAGACCCAGCUCUCACAGACCCAGCUCUCACAGACCAAGCUCUCACAGACCCAGCUCUCACAGACCAAGCUCUCACAGACCCAGCUCUCACAGACCUAGCUCUCACAGACCAAGCUCUCACAGACCCAGCUCUCACAGACCAAGCUCUCACAGACCCAGCUCUCACAGACCAAGCUCUCACAGACCCAGCUCUCACAGACCAAGCUCUCACAGACCCAGCUCUCACAGACCUAGCUCUCACAGACCUAGCUCUCACAGACCAAGCUCUCACAGACCCAGCUCUCACAGACCCAGCUCUCACAGACCCAGCUCUCACAGACCCAGCUCUCACAGACCCAGCUCUCACAGACCCAGCUCUCACAGACCCAGCUCUCACAGACCUAGCUCUCACAGACCUAGCUCUUACAGACCUAGCUCUCACAGACCUAGCUCUCACAGACCCAGCUCUCACAGACCCAGCUCUCACCCAGCUCUCACAGACCCAGCUCUCACAGACCCAGCUCUCACAGACAUAGCUCUCACAGACCCAGCUCUCACAGACCCAGCUCUCACAGACCCAGCUCUCACAGACCCAGCUCUCACAGACCCAGCUCUCACAGACCAAGCUCUCACAGGCCUAGCUCUCACAGACCCAGCUCUCACAGACCCAGCUCUCACAGACCCAGCUCUCACAGACCAAGCUCUCACAGACCUAGCUCUCACAGACCUAGCUCUCACAGACCAAGCUCUCACAGACCCAGCUCUCACAGACCUAGCUCUCACAGACCUAGCUCUCACAGACCAAGCUCUCACAGACCCAGCUCUCACAGACCCAGCUCUCACAGACCCAGCUCUCACAGACCCAGCUCUCACAGACCCAGCUCUCACAGACCCAGCUCUCACAGACCCAGCUCUCACAGACCCAGCUCUCACAGACCCAGCUCUCACAGACCCAGCUCUCACAGACCCAGCUCUCACAGACCCAGCUCUCACAGACCCUGCUCUCACAGACCCAGCUCUCACAGACCCAGCUCUCACAGACCAACGCCCUCCUCCCGCCUCAGUUCUCUCGUCUUGUUGA